CGCGCACUCUUCGUUGGCAAGAGACGUGUUUCUAAACCAAGUGUAGCGCAGUUGUUGGACAGUUGUGAAUAGUAAAAGCGCGACGUUCAAGUCGGCUGUACGGACAGGUUUUUGUGCUGUUUCACUUUGGAGCCGCAGCGUCGUGGCGCACAAGGUCACGGUUGUUGUGAGCCAUUUGUACCGCAGAAGAGGACUAUGGGCACAAACGAGGCAGUCACAGAUUCCGACACCUGGUUCCUUUCACUGGGAUUCAUUGCUUCCAUCGUGGUGGCCUUAUGUAGUUAUGGAUUCAAGGUGGUCUUGGUGAUCGUCGCUACGCUUGCGGGCACUAAGUUGUACCUGCGCUGGACCAAGGGCAUUUACAAUGGCAUUAAUCGGAUGGAUGGCAAGACAGUCAUAGUUACAGGAGGCAAUGCAGGGAUCGGCAAAGAGACUGCCAAGGAACUCGCGCGGCGAGGCGCCCGCGUCAUCCUGGCUUGCCGCAGCCCGGCCAAAGGUCAGCGGGCAGCCGAGGACAUCCUGGUGGAGACCGGCUGCUCCGUCGUCGUGCGCCAGCUCGACCUGUGCUCGCUGAAGUCGGUGCGCCAGUUUGCCGAUGACAUCGUUCGCAAUGAGCGGCGGCUCGACGUACUCAUCAACAAUGCCGGAAUUUUCCCAGACAGGAUCCAGCUUACCGAAGACGGCUAUGAAGAAUGCUUCCAAGCCAACUACUUGGGCCACUUCCUCCUGACACUACUACUUACAGAUCUGCUCAAGAAAAGCGCCCCGAGCCGCGUGGUGAACCUGACGUCGUUCCUGCACCACCUGGGGCACACGCAGCGGCUAGAGGAACGUGCUAGGGGCACGCACCCCUGGGUGACGCCCACGCUCGCCUACGGUGACUCCAAGAUGGCCACGGUCUGCUUCACGAGAACCCUGGCGCACAAGCUCAAGAUGCACGGCGUGACGGUGAACGUGGUAAAUCCGGGCAUUGUGAAUACCACCAUCGCUGACAAGGACUCGUUGAUGUCGCUCUUUCUUCGCUUCCUCUACCGCACCAUUGGAAAAACGCCCUGGGAGGGAGCCCAGACCAUCUUGUACGCGGCUGUGGACGACCGGUUCUUGGAAAGCACUGGCAAGUACCUAGCCGACUGCAAGGACGACUGGGUCAACUGGAGGGCCCUGGACAAGCGCGAGGCCUCCCGGGCUUUCGAGACGUCCGUCAGGCUCGUCGGCAUGGAGCUCGACCAAGUUCAGAAGCUAUUCUGACACGCCAAAGUGCGCGCACGUGUAGUGUGCUGCCAGGCUGCUCAGUGCGCCAGACAGGAUCAUACAGGCUUUAUUUGGCGUGUGGAUUUCCUGACAGUCUGGUGCAUUUCCGUAACACUGCAGACACCAACGGUGCUCGAGGUUACGACCAGCGUCUGCCGCCGACGCAAGGCACCACCAUGGGAACCGCACAACAUCCGCCUGCUGCGCUCUAAUCUCACGCCCCGACGCAGGAAGCUGCUGAUUGAUACCGCCAAGCAACCAGAUCGCUAUCGGAAGCUGUCGCGCCAAAGAGGAAGAAUGAGACGUACUGGCCUAUGCGGGUAUACGGCGGAACAGAAAUAAAUCGUCGCGCCUGGCGCAGGUAUAGACGCAUAUAUCGCGGCCUCCUUGGGGAAGCUUCAUCGUGCAAAGACAAAGGCACACGCGCAGUGCACGGACAGCCUCUCCGCCGGCCGCAAGACCGUUGUAUAUGGCGUGCGGGCCUAUUGGCGGCGAUGCUUUGGCUACGCUGUCCAGGUGGCAGUGCUGCGUAUGCGUUUGCGCCAUUCGUGUAGCUUUGCCUCCGCUAUGGCGCGCUCCUUCAUUUGUUCGCGCUGCCACCGUUUACAUGGAACAAAUAUCCGCUGAGCUCAUGACGUUGU